UCACAGACCUCUCUCAUCAUCCUCAAACCUCUCUAAUCCAUCCCAUGAUAUUUGAUUCAGAAACAUUGCUGUCUUUAGAGAGAAAGGCUGCUCUGGAUGAGGGAAAACAGCAGAAGGUUCAUCAUCAUUCGCCUCGAGGUGCAUCAUCAUCCUAAUGGAUCUUUAAGACAUUUCAAGUGCCACGGAUGAAAGGAGAUCAAUGUAACCGCAAACCAAACCCGAUUCAAGGCGAAUCCACUCUUAUCUCUGCGCAAUCUGACCAUCAACAUCUUUCCAAGACGGACGGGCUCGUGGAGCAUCGAGGCAAAAACCGGGCCAAUCGGGACAGGGACUUCAUGCCCAACAUGGAGAGGGGGAAACCAGCCACCUAUACGGGCGACAAGAAGGCAAAGAUGGCUGCGAAGACCAAUAAGAAGUGGGUAAGACUGGCCACCGUGUUUGCCUAUGUUUUAUCCGUAUCACUGGCGGCGAUCAUACUGGCCAUCUAUUACAGUCUCUUAUGGCAACCGACCAAAAAGGAAACCGAUUCCCAAUCCAACAUCACCACCACCACCCCAAGCAAUCUGGAAACGAGCAACGGGACUGAAAUCAACGGCACACAGGCGGUUCUGUUCAGUGUCAACAGUACGGGACUCAAUGCGUCUCAGGCGCAUCAGAGGAAAGCCCGGUCCCUCUCCGAAAGUGCGCACUCCGAAUCCGCGGAUCUUUACAAAUACACACUUGUCCACAACUCAGACGGACAGACUGAUGUUAAAACCCAGAAAGAUCAGACCCUCUCCACUAAAGAUGUUCACGAGGAGGUCAAGAAUGCGCGCUGGGAUGCCCAAGACGAGGACGAGCCAUCUUUUGAGGACGCUUCUCGAUCGAGAAGACAGAAUCAGUUUGGGUCUAAUACAAAUAACCAGCAAUAGGACCAUUAAGCAGGGCUUUUGUUUAUCCACAUCAGUGAUGUUGGACAGUGCUGCGGGUCCAGCAGGAGACAGGCCGCCGUCCGGAGCGCACGGAGACGCGGAGGCCGCAGCGGGUGCAUGGACACCAACUUUACACCAUAGCAAAGACGCAAAUAGUGUUUAACCCUUUCAAAUGUUCGUAUAAAUUCACAUAUAAUCAUAAUAACUUGAUUGUUUUGCCUUAAUCUGGACAUUUGCAGAGUUAAUAGGCUUUAUCUUUUGGAGCAUCGUAGUCCAGAAUCACCCGCUGGCCUGCAUGCCUGUUAAUCGCACAUUUAUAAGAAACUUUCAUUCAAACCGAAGACUGACCAUUCUUCACAAUGCCUUUAUUUAAACAGCCAUUUUUGGGCAAGCUUUAAAAAAACUAUAACUCUAAAAGCUUGCAUGAAUUUCAGCUACUGUAUCUUUACCAAGUAAUCAGGAUUCUUAUGUUAGAGGAACCUGUGUCAAUGCUCAGGUAUGUGCAAAUAUUCAUGUAAAUCUACUCUGGUUUAGUAAUGUACAUACUUGCUCAGAUUAUGAUGGAAACUUUUAGCACUACUAGAUCAUUUUUACAACAUUAUUGUACCAUAGGUGUAGAAUAUAUCACCGUAAUGGUAAAUAAACUACCUUAUAAAAAUA